UUUACAUUAAUUACCCUUGUAAGAAGACCUCGUAGUAAUGAAUUUUCAAACAUCGGCAAAUUUUUAUUUACAAUUCAUUUUAUUUCCGGUAUUCGCAAUAUUUGUCGAUUUUUUCUAGCACAGAACAUUUAUUUUUUAAAUUCUAAUGGAACAGUUAAUACAAAUAAAAGAAAUAAAAAACGAUGCCGGUACAUCUUUGUGCUUGUCAAACUCGGUCAGCAUGGAUAUAGUGAAGAGGAAGUUACCAGUGAUUCAAUGGCUACCGAAGUACGAUUUCUCACUGUUUUUGCAGGAUGCCUUGGCAGGAUUUACCGUGAGUUUGACUGAGAUACCUCAAGGAAUAGCUUACGCCCUUGUAGCAGGCUUGGCAAGUCAGUAUGGAUUGUACAGCGGCAUAAUGGGUGGAAUAGUAUAUUUUGUCUUUGGUACUUGCAAAGAUAUCAACAUGGGACCCACAGCAAUCAUGGCCCUGUUUAUACAGAACAGUGUGUCAACAAUGGGAGCUGAUGGAGCAGCUUUAAUAACCUUUUUGACAGGGUGUUUGAUAUUUUCGGCUGGAGUAUUACAUUUAGGAUUCGUUGUUGAAUUCUUUUCCUAUCCUAUUAUAACUGGUUUCACCACUGCAGCAGCUUUAAGUAUAGGUUCUUCACAACUAAAAUCGCUGCUAGGCAUAAAAGGAUCAGCAAACGAAUUUUUGGAAGCGUGGAAAUCAGUUAUUUUACAUAUAGGCGAGACUAGAAAAUGGGACGCUAUUCUAGGAUUUUGUUCGAUAGUUUUUUUGUUUAUAUUUAGGUAUAUUCGUGUUUAUGGAUCGCUUAAGUACAAACCAGAAUGGACGACAAGAAGAAAUGUUCUGGCAAGGUUUAUUAUUUAUUUGUCCCUUGGAAGCAACGCUUUGGUGGUAAUAGGUGGAACUAGCAUAGCUUACGUUGCUGAAAAGAACUACAACUCAACACCAUUCGUUCUCACAGGUGAAGUAAAAAGUGGGUUUCCUAGUCUAUCAUGGCCACCAUUCAGUACUACAUUUAAUGGUACUUACUUUGGUUUCACCGAUAUGCUGUCCGAGUAUGGUUCUCUAAUAGCAUUUUGUCCACUGGUUGCUUUCCUGGAGCAUGUUGCUAUAGUUAAGGCUUUCUCUAAAGGAAAGAUCAUAGAUGCUAGCCAGGAACUUAUGGCAUUGGGAUUAGGCAAUAUAGCGGGUUCUUUUAUACAUUCCAUGCCGGUCACGGGUUCCUUCACUAGGACGGCCGUGAACAACGCUUCCGGAGUGAGGACCACUACAGGAGGGCUGAUAACUUCACUGUUGUUACUCGUUUGCUUGGCGUUUAUUACUGGUGUGUUCCAGUACAUUCCAAAAGCCACGUUGGCAUCUGUGGUCAUCGUUUCGAUGUAUUAUCUUUGUGAAUUUCACGCCAUAGGUGUAAUGUGGAAAACAAAAAGACUAGAUCUCAUACCUUACGCCAUCACGCUCUUCUGCUGUCUCUUUAUCAGUCUAGAGUACGGCAUUCUCAUAGGAAUAGGCACCAGUUUAGUGUUUAUACUGUACGACAGCGCCAGGCCAAAGUUACACAUAGAGCAGACAGUGGUGCAAGACCGCGUGGUAUACGUGGUACGGCCAAAAGUAGGACUUUACUUCACUUCGGCUGAGUUUUUGAGGGACACCAUACUAACGGAAUGUGACGAAGAGAAAUCCAUAGUUGUCAUCGAUGGAGAAUUUGUAAGAAACAGCGAUUCCACGGCGGCUAGGAAUUUCUUGGAUCUACUUGACGACCUUAAAGUGCGCAAUCAAGAUGCAGUUUUUUGGAAUUUCAAAGAUGGCGUGCGAAAUAUUUGUACGGGAAACAGUGAACAAAUGGGUCGGCAUUUUAAAAAUGGCGACCUGAGCGACGCUAUUAAGGAAUUGUAACAAUUUUUGUGAUCAGUACAUUAUGAGAAUUUAGACUCAGGGAAGAAAUGUGACGAGUGUGAUGUAUACAGGGUGUCCCAAAUUCGAGGGUGGCCUUUGGGAUAUAUCUCGAAAACCGUGAGUGAUACGAUGUAGAUUAAAUUAUGGUAAAUUUUGAGCGGACUACGCUCGAAUUUGGGACACUCUGUAUAUAUGAUAUAUUUUGCGUUUUUGUAAAAAUAUUUUAAUAAACGAGCUACAUAUACGUAUAUACUUUUAUAGAAAAAAAGAA